UGAAGAAACAUCAACAACUAUCGCAAAAUCCGGAAAUAAACUGAAAGCCUCGGUGCCGGAGGACAUUUAUUGUUCGAAGGACGCAACGCGCAUGGCCGGCGACGUAUUGAAAGGGAGUGGGUGUAAGAUGACUAUCGAGCAAGACAAAGACUUUCCUGGUGGUCCAAGCGUUGGUCUAGGUCUUCCAGUAGUUGCUCCUCACGUAUCUGUUGCCGCACCUCCACCAGCCCCAACAGGAGGGCCAGCGACGCUGUUGCCACCACCAGCGGCAGCUGCGGGUCCAGGCUCGUCUAUCAGUGAAUCGUCUUCCAGCAAGCUUGUCGCGCGAAAAAAACACACCCACCGCCACAAUUUUUUGGCCAAGCACCCACUGCGCUAUGAAACGCAACCAGGGAAGAUGAAAAAGGGGAUGAAGGAGCAGCUAGUAGAGGACUUCGAUCAUAGAGGAGGCACGGAAGCUGCAGGAACUGGCCAAAAGCCCAGCGGCGCCGCAGCAAAAGCGUCUACUUUUCUCGCCAAAAACAGCCGCAUGAUGAUGUCUUUGCUUUUUCCUGCCACCACGCCCCCGGCUGGCCCCAUGCGAAACGGAAACUACAGCACUACCGGCCUGCUGAAUGCUGCUGGAUCAACAACAUCUGAGCGCACUAUCUACCAG